CAAGCGCUGGAGGCUCUUAAAGAAUUCAAAUCAAAAUUUCCGAAGACAUCAAUUAAGGCUGGUACCUCGAUGAUCUUAACGAAACAAAAAGAUGGUAAUUUGAGAAUUGAAUACGAGGGAAGGAGUUUUGGAGUCAUCGAAAGCCCAUGGCUGGCUAAAAGUUUAUUUAUGAGUUAUUUGGCUGCAAACAAUCCCAUUUCCAAGGAGGCAAAAGAAAGUAUUGCUGAGGGAUUUGAAAAGAUACUGGUUAAUGAUUAA